GAGAGAACUCCCCGUAGCAAAAAAGCGCAGAGCCAUACAGCGAAUAUGUUCUCUGAAUCCGCGGUUUGUCACGUUUGAGAUGUGUGGUUUUAGUAGGUUUGUUAAAUAAAUUAACGACUCCCUAGAAAAACAAUAGCGUUCCUGCAAAUAUUCGUUAGAAUAAGAAAAGACAUCGAUGCUUGGUCUGACUGUCUUACUGACAUAACCCGAAAGUUACCUCCGUUUUUGGAAACCCAACCCUAAAACAAUCUCCUCUCCUCUCGGACAAUUGGAAAGGGCAAGAAGACCGACUUCGAAGACUAUCCUACUCUCGGAUGCCCCGCCCAAGUGAGUUUUUCAGAGGUUUUAGGCGAAACACUACUGAUGUGCGCUUUCGAAACACUGCUCCCUGAAGCUUCGAAUCCUUGGUGAAUCAUUUGUGUCGAACCGAGCUGUCACGUGAUUUCAGUGAACUGCACAAAACAAGGCCCACGAACCUCAAAGAAGCAAGUCGUUUGGUUCGUUUUAUUACAAACAACACAGUCAAAACGACGAAAUGAUGGAGUCGGUGCAGCAUUUUCGGAUUUUAUACAGAGAAAAAGAGGUUGUUAAUGGGGAAGGCGAAGAGGAAAGAAAUUCAAAAACUAGAAUUAAGAAUUUGGAGGCUUUUAUUACACAAAUAGACUUUGACGCAUUAUCUAAGACGCACUGGAUUAAUUAAUCGGAUAUAUGGAGUUAUGAAAAAAAAAAGCAAUUGCAGCAGAUGUGAAGUUUAUAUUGUGUAGGAAAUGAACUGGAUUGUGAGACUGCAGCAGAAACUGGAUUUCGACGGCCACGCGAGGAGCGGGUUCUGGAGGAGAGGGACAGAGAUGGCAGCUAUCAAGGGACGACAGCGAAGAGGCAGUGAGGACAGAAGAAAAGCAAAGAAGAGAAAACACCCCAUCAGCAAGAACCGAUCUGAGAAGAGUCUGAGAACACACCUGAGAACACACCUGAACAUCUACCUCUACUGGUGCCUGCUGUUUUUCCUGCCGUCUGUCCUGUCUGGUGCUGAUUCUUUACCUGUGGUGGGAAAGAUGGGAGGCAGUAUCACUCUGAAGUGUAAUUCUGACAACACACAGGACCCCAUCCUGACAUUUGGGACCAAAACUGCUUAUGGUGGCCUACAGAAUGAACACUUCAGGGACCGCGUGCACAAGACUGACACCUGUGACCUCAUUCUGAAAGACUUGAAGACCACUGAUGCUGGAAAAUACCUUUUAACUCUUUAUGUCGAGGGUGAACCACUAUGCAGCUACAGUUAUGAGGUCCGUGUUGAUGUUAAUUUAACAGCUCGGAUAGGUGAAGAAGUGAUGCUUGUUGAUCUGCCGGGUGAUGCUGAGAGCGUGGAGCAUUUAUCAAACACCAGCUCGACAGAAGUCUGGAGGAGAGGGAUGGGUGUCCGGACUGAUCGACUGAUGGACAAGGAUGGUCACCUGAUCAUUAGGAGCUACACUUUAAGAGACGCUGGAACAUACAGAGUCCUGAACUCAACAGGAGGAGUCCUGGUCACUGUGACCCUCACCGAAUCAAAGUAUGAACAGGACAGCACACGUGAUGAUAACACUAAAGGCACUGAGCGACAUCAUGUUUGGGUUUGGAUGAUGGCUCUGGUGGCUGUGAUUGCGUUUACUGGCUUCAUGAUCUAUCGAUGUCUGAACCGGAACAAGGCACAAGGAGUCCUAAUGAAAGAAAUUGUACAGCUUCCCAUCUGAGCCAAACAUCUCCCGUGUGUGUGUGUGUGUGUGUGAGGAAUCGCAGGAGCGGAGUCCUGUGUGGGUUUUAUUCAUUCAAAGACUUUGAGGGCCACUGCUUAACUGAUUCAGUUUAUAAAACGAAUGCCACCUUAUUGGGAAAAUACAGCCCUCCCUCACAACUUUUUGAUUAUUCCCUUCAUUUUAUUCAGAUUUGAACCUGGGUCGACUGCAUCAAAUUGUGAACAACACAUGGUUUUUUUUUUAUCUGCACCACAUAAGUGAAAGUGAAGUGAAAGUGACAUUCAGCCAAGUAUGGUGACCCAUACUCAGAAUUUGUGCUCUGCAUUUAACCCAUCCAAAGUGCACACAC